AUGGCGACUACAUCUCGAAAUGUAAUUCAUUGGUUCUGGUGCGCUUUGGGAUGCUCUGAGGUUGUGAAAGUCUUAUUCCUUUCUUACAAUCUAUAUCUUAUUAUUGUUUUAGUGCCAGCGGACGGAGUGAAUAUAACAGCACAAGAUCACACUGCGCACGGCAUCGUGGGAGGCUCGGUCUUACUUUCUAUACAUUACACAGCCGGCAGUUCCGAGACCCCAGUCAUUCAGUGGCAGCUAAAGAGAGACAAGCCGAUCCCUUUGGUCCAAUCCUUUGGCACUCGCAUCCUGGGCAAACUACGGCCAGAGUACAAAGAUCGGAUUGUGAUCUUCCGCAACGGAUCCCUAUUGAUCCACAACUUGCAGCCAACAGACGAGGGGAUGUACGAAGUCGAGAUCGCGAUUACAGACGAUGCCUCCACUGCAGUGAAAACACUCAAUUUAACUGUUGAUAUCCCCGUGACAAGGCCAGUAGUGGUGUUAUCAUCCUCCACAGUACUGGAACUGAGUGAAUAUGUCAUGUUAAACUGUUCACAUGAAAAUGGAACCAAACCAAUGUACACAUGGCUGAAAGGAGGGAAACCCUUAGACAAUGAUGAAAGGUUCUCUUUAUCCAGUGAUCAGAAAACCCUGACUAUCACACGGGUCCACAUAACUGACGAUGACCUUUAUAGCUGUACAGUGGAGAACCCGAUCAGCAGCUCUCGAAGCACUCCAGUCAAACUGACUGUAUACAGGCGGAGCUCUUUAUAUAUUAUCCUCAGCACAGGAGGGAUUUUCCUUCUGGUUACUUUGGUAACUGUAUGUGCCUGCUGGAAACCUUCGAAAAAAAAUAAAGGAAAAGGAGAGAAAGGAACAUCCCCAGGUUCUGCAGAACGGAAUGAGGAUCAGGCUAAACAUGAAGUAGAGUUGCUACCGAAAGCAGUUGAGCAUGAACGUGAGCGCAAGAACCCUGCGGGAUUGUACGUCAUCAAAGAAAAGGAUUCUCCAGAUGCUGAGGAAGACUCCUUAAAUGUUUCCAAGAGUGCAGCGGAACAGGCUGGAUUCAUAAUUUCCUCUGGACCUCCAGCUAGAUCCCCAAGACCAGCUGGUCGAUCGCCUAGGCGAUACAACAGAUCUCCCGUUCGAUCCCCUGGCUCUAGCAGAGCUCACAAGUCUCCAAGUAGAUCAUCCAACUCGCCAGCGCACCAGAGGAGUGCUAACCGCAUCAUCCGUCCAACAGGGGUCCAUAUGAUCACGGAGCAAGACGAGGCUUGUGUGGAAGAAAAUUAACGCUCAAAAAAUCCUGUAUUUUCUUUCAUGGACAUAAAACAUACUGUAG